CUGUCUUUCCCAGUGGGCUGCACCACUGAACUUCUAUUGGCUGCUGUCUGGAGGAGUGGGUGUGAUCGUCUAUGUCUAGCCUCCCACUUGUCAGUCUAGUUGGACAGGAGGCAUGUUCACAAGCUCCUCCUUGCUCAUUGCUCCCUUUUACACAGAAGUAAACCCAGCUUCUGUUAUGGCAAGGGCUGCACGUUGGCAUUUACCAAAUAGCCGCAGCAUGCCACUCUCCCUGACAGCACCUCCCUGCCUUCUCAGGAGACAGACAGGCUGAACUAGCUGAGAGCAGACGGUAGUGGACUAUCUGGCAAUCACUCCCACAGUUCAGCGGUACAGAGUGGGGGAAACUGCUCAACAUGCCACAAGAUGCCCGAGGUCCAAUCAGAUAAUGUGUCAACACAUUUUUUGGAGAACUAAGGAGAACAAAUGAUGGCGACACAAAAUGGGAAUAUUGCACCUUGUAAAACAGCACAGAACGGAAUCAAGGAGAAGCCCCCAUAUUCAGUGGAAACCCCUUAUGGCUUCCGACUUGACCUGGAUUUUCUGAAAUAUGUAGACGACAUAGAGAAAGGGAACACCAUCAAAAGGAUUCCCAUUCAGCGCAGAAGCAAGGAAGUGCGCGCAAGCACUUUACCAAGGCACCUCAAUGCUUCUGGGUGUGGCUACCGCCCGAGCCCCUGGGGAUCUACCGGAGCUCUUGGCCCCAGGUCUCGAUUGUCAGACGCCCAUCAUCAUCAUGGCUAUACUUCCUGGGCAUAUGAUCACAGGCCACCUGUUUCCCCCACAGGGUUUAAAUCUUUGGCAGAGAUGGAAGCCAGAAUCAAGGAGUUUGAUGAGCAACCUCUAGGGGAACAUAUCAGACCCCAUCUCCUCCGUGCCUCCAGUCUGCCACUUACGGUUUUACUGAGACAAGGGUCAGAGUCUACAGAUGACCACAGCAGCGUCUGGAGUUCAAAGGAUCACCUUGGGGGAAGAAACAUCUCAUGUGAAGAUGUGUUCCACUCUUCGGACAGCCCUCGGCCACAGGACUGCUCAGGUCUGCUGAGGCGCCUCACUGAAGCCCUCGAACGAGUGGGGGACCUUGAGAUGGAAGUGAGGGUCAUUCCUGAGCUCAGAGCGCAGAUCUGCAUCCUCCAGGAGGAAAGAGAAAGACUUCGUCUGGGACUGAGUCCACGUGACCAUCCCUCCACAAUGAACGGCACCACAGAUCCUGGUACAUCCUCUCACAAUAGCAAAGUAUUGAGAGGACUUCAGCAUGAAAGUCACAGUAUAUUUCCUAGAAAUUACAGUGUCAGCCAAGAUGACUCCAAUCCUACGCAUGAGUGGAGGACUAGUACAGAUCUGGAUGAGCUGCUGACAGUGACCUCCCUGCAAGCCAAAGUAGCUGUGUUGGAGCAGAAGCUCCACGAGACUAGCCUGGAGCUCCAGAGAGUGUCAGGGCUGCUAAAGGAGCAGCAAAAGGAAAGCAAAAGGAAAGACGAGAAGAUAGAACACCUCAUUAAGAAUCCUGCGGUGUGGGUCCGUGCAGAGAGGGUGGUGGUAGAUCAGGAUGGAGAUGAGACGGUAGUGAGAUCAGAGUAUAAUAAAGCACCUUGCUUUAUUAGUAAAAGAGCGGUUAAUGCAAACGAUCAAACAAGGCAGCAACACAAGUCUGCGGUCAGUUCAACAUCGUCUGAAAGACGUCCACUGGUUUCUGAAGGUACAGACACAGCUGAGGUGAUCCAUCACAUAAAGAAGAUAAAGAGUCUGCUGGAGCAGCAGUGGAAGUGUUUGUGCACAGAGAGUGAAUCAGGAAAAGAGGGCAAGCAUCUAAAGCACCCAGAUCCCAAAGUCAACUCUCUGCAGCAGGAGAUGAUGGGACUUGUCGACAUCCUCAUGUCCUGCCACAAACAGCAUGGAGACAGUGACGCCUCUAAAUCCAUCCUGCAGACAGAAGGAUGUGCCCAGACGUCGAAAAACCUACAUUCUGGGGGUGUUAAAGAAGGAAGCAAUGAGACUGCCAGUAAAAAUCAGGCCUGUAUGAGCCAAAGUGUCCAUGAUGAUUUGGAGCAGAGGAACAGUAGCACAGUUCCUAGGGAGGUGGCUCCUGCCCAGCUGGAUGCAGACACAGAGAAGAGAAGAAUGGAAGAAGAGAAGCAAAUUGACCCAGGCAGACAGAUGAAACUGGAAGGAACAGGUUUUGGGGGGACAGAUGGAGGUGAUGUAUCUCUAGUAGCUAGGGCUACAGAGAAAACGGCCAAGAUGAAAACACAGCCCUCAGGAGAACAGAUGGAGGGAAACUCUGGCUCGGAAACAACCACCAAAGGCAGAGAAGCAGUGAAUGCAGAUUUUAUUUCUGCCUGUCAUUUCCUUAAUAAUCACAUGGACAACAUGGACAACCCCAAUGAUGACAUGAGGAAGGCCCUGGUUGUGUUGUUCCAGCACUGGUUCAGUGCAGCAGCAGAGGAGGCCUCUGAGGCCAGCAGGGUGGCUGCAUACCUGAAACACAUAAAGAAGGAAACACCCUCCCUGCUGGCCUUUCUAGUCAAUCUGGCGGACGACAACGGGAACACAGUGCUUCAUUACAGCGUCUCCCACUGCAACUACAGCAUUGUCACCCUGAUCCUGGAUACAGGUGUCAGCGAUGUGAACGUUCAGAACAAUUCUGGCUACACGGCUGUGAUGCUGGCCUCGCUGACAGCCCCUGAUGGACCCGGCGGAAUGGAAGUUGUCCGCAAACUAAUGGAGCAGGGCAACAUUAACAUUCACUCCAGCAAGACGGGCCAAACAGCUCUGCACUUGGCAGUGAGACAUGGCCGAGUUGUGAUGGUUCGCCUGCUGCUUAGCUGUGGGGCAGACGCUAACAUCCAGGACAGCCAGGGAACCACAGCGCUGAUGUUCGCAUCUGAGAGGGGCCACACGCACAUCGCAAGGCUCCUGCUGGAGAGAAGCCAGUGUGAUCUCACUCUGACUGACAAGCGAGGUCAAACUGCGCUUUCCAUCGCCAUGCAAGGUUCCCACGCCGAUACAGCUGCCCUGCUGCAGGCCCACGCUAAAGCUCGAGCUCUGUAGAAGCGGAUCUGUUCACAUGUCAGAUCCUCUCACCUGAGUGGCGCUUCAAACGCUGGCUUUUUUUUCUGAAAUCUGGACUAGUGACAGCUGGUGCGCUGAAUGGGAUGAUAUUACAAUGAGGCUGUACUGCAUGAGUAAGUGAGGCAGAUGAUGGUUGCUAGGGCAGCAUGCAAUGAUCUGCUGUUUUUAUUUUGUCUUUACCAUAGAUGUUUAAGAUUAUCGCUGAUCUUUGCACAUCCGUGCAGCAGCUUCGCUCUGCAAACUAUGCAAUGGAAAGAAUAUUUAUUAUGUUUGUUGUAUCUAAAAAUCUGUUUGUAAGAAGAUUCUACCUGUAUGUUUCCAAGGGGAAUUCUCAGCAUUUCUAAGCACCACUUCAAUAAAAUAAUUUCAAAAUACUGCAUGCCAACGAAAUAGAAACAAAUCCCUGGAGCCGAUCGACCAGUUUGUUUAUUUCACACGCUGGUAAAAACUACACUGAUGUAUGCAACGCCUGUUUUUAAUAAAAUAACAGAAAAGCGAUGAUAUUUCAUUGUUUGAAACGAGCAACAUGCAGUGGCAAAGUCGCCCAGGAGGUGGCGCAGCUCAUCCAUUUCAGCAUCACCGCCAACAUCCAGCCAACUCAAACAUAAUAAGAAUCCCCCCUACAGAAAGCUACAGCCGAGGCGAACCUAAAAACGCUCACGUACAAGGAAGUAGAUAUAAUCUCUUUCAAGUGUGACAGACGGAACAUGGUGCCUUUUGAUUUGCAGUGAUUCCACUGUGUGAGAGGACAACGUGUGAGAUUCACCUGCACUCCAGCUGUAUGUCACCUAGGAAUGCUCAGUCAGUUGUGAAAUCAGAUUUGUUUAAAUGGCCUUUGUUUCCUCGAGCCCCCUGGGAAACAGCAAGGGGCACUGUGUUGUUUUUUUGUGCACAGAGCUGAGAUUAUGUUUGUGAGAUAAGACAAAAAAAGGAUUGCAUAGAUGGCGAAGGCGUUGGAUUUCUGUGUGACAGGGCACGGGUUCUUCAUUUCCCCUGAGGAUUUCUUCCAUUCUAGCUGACUGGCUGUCCUGCUGUAAUGACCACGAGCAACUAUAAAUCGUCAGAAAGCGAGGAAGAUGUGGCAGACUGAGAUGGAACGGGCAUCUUUUCUAUUAGUGAAAUGUAUCCGUAUGUAGAAAUAACAAAAAAGGAGGCCGGCAUGGAAAUGCUCUGUCAGAAUAAAGUGUUUCAAAGAGAUGAUAACAUGUAACUGUGGAUACACACACACAUACGCAUGUCACAUGACUGCAUAGGUGCGCGUCCCCCAUCCCCCACUCAAAGAAGCGGGUUACAGCAAGUAACAGUGCUCAUCUCAGCCUUUGUGCAGGGAUAAAAAUGUCUGUGACACCUCUUUUUGUCUGCAGGGAACAGUGGACUAAUAAAACAUACCUAUUCCAUAACACCCUGAGGGGGUGUGAUACAACAAUGGAGGGGGGCGUCUGUGCAGUCUGAAAGCAUUUGCUGGCUUCAGUUUAAUAAUGAUAAUGGACUGGAUUUAUCUGCUACAGUGUCUCUGUCUGCUGAUGAAUCACUGAAUGCAGAGUGAUUGUCAGCGUGGCUUCAUUUGGUACAGUCUGUAGAGUAUUUCAGCUAAUAAGAACUAAUAAUGUUAUCCAACUUAAUGCUGAUAUUUCUGCAGCUUCCACAGACAACACUUGUGCUCCGUGUGGUUCACAUAAAAGGUAAAAUGAAAAGCACUUAUUAGCAGACACUGUUUGUGAUUUCCCUGCUUGUUAGCUUGUGCUGCUAGUUUGCCAAAUAUAAUGCGGUAGGGCUAAACUUAGCAUUUGCAUUUGUUUCAGAAAUGAUUGCAACUCCUCCAUGUUUUGCACACUUUCCUACAUUAUGGAUUCAGCUUGGUUGGAACUGCCAAAAAGACUGGACAGUCAAGAUCCAGGUUUUUAAAACUUGUGGAGACAUGCCAAAAGUACUGACUCAAGGCUUGGAAUCCUUUUGUGCUGAGAAACCUCUGAUUUUGAUUUUAAUUACAUUUGCAACUUAGUAUAAUUUGACUUUUAGAAAAAUUCCAGUUUUAUUUAAAAAAUCAAAAGUGUGCAAAAUGUGAAUGGGGUUUGAAUACAUGUAUGACACAUAUUGAUGUAUACAAGGGAUAGAACUAGUAGCAGAAGUGCAGCAACAGCAUUAGCACUGAUUUAGGGUCUUUCUGAGGACUUGAUGAAAGCUUAAUAUAAAUACACACCUCUAGCUCUGUUUUUGAUCUCAACUAAAUCCCAGAGAAAAUAUCAGAGUCUUCAGGUGCCGCAUACUAAGCUAAACUCACGUCUACCAUCUGUUUGCAGCAUCUGGAAAAGGGUAGCGAGAGACUGAAACAAACAAUAAAUGUGGAUCAGAAAACCAAAAUGAGGUAAAAAAAAAAAAGUGUUUAGUGUUUCUGAGAGUUAUACCUCAUUCAUUUUAAUGGAGAGCGACAGAAUACUUAAAGUUAUGAAUUUAUUUGCAUGUCACUGAGUGAAAUAAGUAAUUGAUCUUCAAGCAAAACGUGACUAAGUACCUGGUGGGGGUAACAUGUUUGUUGCAGGUCAACAGGUUUGCACACAUCUCAGGAGCGAUUUUGGCUAACUCCUGGGCGGGGUGGCUGUAGCUCAUGAGCUUAAUAGCUCUUUCUUUAGUCACUCCUUUGUUGCCUUGUUGAUAUGUUUUGGGUUAUCGUCAUGCUAGAAAGCCCAACCACAAAUUAUCUUCAGUGUUCUGGCUGAGGGAAGGAAGUUCUCGUUUUCACAGUGCAUGGCCCCAUCCAUUGGCCCCUUAAUGCUGUGAAGUCGUCCUGUAACCUUAGUAGAAAAACAGCCCCAAAGCAGAAUUUUUCCACUUCUGUGCUUGACUGUGAACAUGGUGUUCUUUCAACCAUACUCAGUAUUUUUAUUCCUCCAGACAUGGUGGCCAAAUUGUGGGACACAGAAUUCACACAGGUUGCAGGGGAUCAAAUACUUAUUUCACUCAAUGACAUGGAAACCAAUUAAUACUGUUUAUGUAAUGUGUUUUUUCUGGAUUUUCUUUUUCUCUUAAACCUGUCUGUUAGCUUUUGUAAUCAAAACACUGUUGUUCCAAACAUAUUUGCUUUAAGACUCCUCUUGCUAGUGUUUUUAUUUUUAUUUUCUUUUCUUUAUUUUUUGAAAUAUUUGUUUGACAUUGUGUCUUUAAAAUAUUAUAAAACUUAGAGACCGCAAACUUCAAAUUCACCUGGGGAUUAAGUAAUUAUUUCUACCACUGUAAUUGAAAUAACUGCUCCCAGCUUCCAGAGAUUGCUAGAGAACUGAAGUGCUUGCUAAUCUAGCUAAAGCUAAAAUGCUCAAUCAGAGCUAUUUAACUCAAUGCAUUAAAGAUUCAACUGAAAAACCUGUUUUGUAAAUGUAGGGCAGUUAAUGCAAAAUCAAUUAAAACUGGCAUAAUUAAAACUACAUCACAUGAAUUUAUACAUUAAUAUAUUCUUCAAAGCAGGGACCUACUGGCUUAUGGAAUAGACUUGUUGUGUCACUUUUUGGAUCACAUGCAUUUGAACUAUUGUUGGUAUAAAAGCAUCACACUGUGCAGCUCUAAAGCAACUCAUCUUGUUCGAAAACUCCUUAAUGGUAAUAACGUGUUGCAAAACGAAAUAAUAAAUACAACAGCACAGGCUGUUUUCAAUCAUAUUUUAUAUAUCAAUAUAUAGAGAUAUUCAAAAGUAAUCCAGUACAGGAAAUCAAAAAAGUGGAAUCAGUUUGGUCUUAACACAGUUCAUCAUUGCAUGUACAGUAGAUGGCUGAUCCCUGUCUAUUUCAUGAAAACGCAAGAAUUAAAACAACAACAACAACAAAAAAAAAA